AUGCUCUCAAGGACAGUUCGCCGCUUGUGGAUUAACCAAAACACUAAGGUCAUAUGCCAAGGUAUAACGGGGAAGCACGGCACAUACCACACUGAGCAGGCGAUUGCUUAUGGCACCAAAAUGGUGGGCGGAGUGAACCCUAAGAAAGCGGGUUCGACCUACCUUAACCUGCCUGUCUUUGGUACGGUUGCUGAGGCAGUGAAAAACACUGGGGCCGACGCUACUGUUAUUUAUGUCCCUGCUCCUCACUGCGCUGCAGCAGUGGAGGAGGCUUUGGUUGCCGAAGUUCCCCUGGUUGUUGUUAUCACUGAAGGGAUUCCGCAGUGGGAUAUGCUCCGCGUAAAAUCUAUGCUUCUCUCCCAGAACAAGACCCGGCUGAUAGGUCCUAACUGUCCGGGUAUUAUUCGCCCGGAGGAGUGCAAGAUUGGUAUUAUGCCUGGCCACAUCCACAAGAAGGGCUGCAUUGGUGUGGUUUCCCGAAGUGGCACCCUUACUUACGAGGCUGUUGCCCAAACAACAGCCGUCAACCUUGGACAGUCGUUGUGCGUGGGAAUUGGUGGCGAUCCGUUCAACGGUACCAACAUGAUCGACUGCGUUAAGUUGUAUCUGGAAGAUCCUGGAACUGAAGGUAUCAUUCUCAUUGGUGAGAUCGGUGGUACUGCUGAGGAAGAGGCUGCAGAAUUCAUAAAGAAUCAUCCCAUCAAGAAACCUUUGGUUACUUUCAUUGGUGGUGCCACUGCCCCCCCAGGACGCAGAAUGGGUCACGCUGGGGCUGUUGUCUCUGGUGGGCAGGGGACUGCGAAAGGAAAGAUGGAAGCACUUGAAGCUGCAGGUGCCGUUGUGGCCCAUUCACCCGCUCAGCUCGGGGCGCUGAUGGCUGAGUUAAUGAAAAAGAGGGCAAUCUAA